UGAUUAGACAUUUUUAGGUUAAAAAAUAUUCAAUUGUUUAAUUUCAAGUUAAAAUACUUUGAAAUGGCAUUUACGUUGUGGAAUUUAUUUGAAGCCACUUUGCUGUGCUUAAAUGCGGUGUGUAUACUGAAUGAAGAACGGUUUUUAAGUAAAAUUGGUUGGGGCUCGAAAGGAAGCAAUGUACAAGGCUUCGGGGAAAGUCCAUCAGCUAAAACGCAAUUAUAUACACUAUUUCACUCAAUAAGGACUGUAGCACGAAUACCUCUGAUAUUCUUCAAUGUGUUAACGAUAGUAUUCAAAUUAAUCCUGGGGUGAUACUUAAAUGUUUGUGAAAUUAUCGUUUAUACGUUUUUUGUAAUUAUAAUUUAGGAAUAUAUAUUUUUUAAAUUA